AUUUCGAGAGACAAAAACAAACAAAACAAUUAAUCGGGGCUUUCAAACACAAUACACACUCACUCCGCUCACACAAACAAAACUCACUCACCUCCGCUCAAACUCACCCCUCUCCGCUGCUCAAAUCCACCUCUCCGCUCAGAUACACCGUCUCCGCCGCUCACACUCACCUGUAAUUAGGGCUUCGAUUAAAUUGGGGUUUUACUGGAACUAGGGCUAGCUUCGAUUUGCAGCUUCGAUUUGCUUGGAUUUAAGGAUGGAAGAAUACGUAAACCUCAGAUUCCAUCACCAGGGAGAGUUUUUGAGUACAGCAUAUGCUGGUGGGGAAGAAACCGUCAUAGGGGAUGUCGAGUGUGAUAGGUUUUCGUAUACUGUGUUGAUGGAGUAUAUCAAGGACGACCUGAAAUAUUCAGAGAUUGGAGGUGUCUACGUUUACGAGGGCAAGCCAUGGGGUUGGAAGUUGUUGUCAAAUGAUGCUGACCUCUCUGCAGUGGGUCAAGGGCUCAAUAAUUUUAUUGACUUUUACAUUGACAACGUUGUUGAUCCUACUAUUGAGCCUAUCAAGCAAAUGCAGCCGCACGUAAUUAUAAGGCCAAGACAGGGAGUAUUUGCAGAUAAAAAACAAAACAGACGUGUGUUUGUUACCACUUAUCAGUUGCAACAGCAGCAAAAGAAGAAGGCAAUUCAGACUAGGAGUUCAUUGCAAGCUGUCACUCGGAAGUCUCCGCGGCUGAAUAAGGUGCAAGCAACCCCAGAUAGACUUGAAAGUGAAAAGGCUGUUGCUGCUAAGCGGAAACUGGACUUACCGGAUCAUUCUCGUGAAGAAGAAAAAAUGGGAGAAAAUAAACUGAAGGAUUGCGAUCUUCCCCCUCCACCGCCUUUAACAGAGUAUGAAAUGCAAAAGGCUGUGAGAGUGAAGAGGAAUAAUGAAAUAUUUUUCGCUCUCAAUUUACCUACACUCUCAGUUGAAGUUAGAAAUUCUAUGGAAAAAGUAAAAGGAAAAGGAAAAGGAAAGGAAAAGGAACAAGCUGGCAGUGAUGAUGAAUAUGAUCCGGGUGAAGAUAACACAGCUAUAAGUGAAGAAGAUGUUGGAUCGGCCACUAAAGCGAAGAAACCAAAAGCAGAGAAGAGCAAGGUGCUUAUUGGACGUGGACCUACAACUCGUUCGCGAGCUAAUGUCGCAUCCAAGAAGCUUCAACAUGUUGAACCUGUAACGGAACAUAUGCCAGACCCUGUAAUCGAACAUGUUGAACCUUCUCUACUUGAGAUUGUGCCAGACCCUAGUGAAGCACGAGGUUCAAUGGAAGCAUUUUGGGCUAUGCGAAAGCGGCAAAAGGAAGAAGAAGCUGCUGCAAAGGCUUCUGAAGCUGCUGCAAAGACUUCCGAAGCUGCUAAAAAGGCUUCUGCAGCUGCAAAGACUUCUUCGGCCCCAAAGGAUUCAACAACUGCAAAUGCUUCAGGAGCUGGUUCUGUAAAUGCAGAGGAAAAUAUAAGCCCUGAAAUCGAACAAGACGAGGAAGACGAGGAAGCAGUUGAAGUUCCGAAAAGGCCAAGAGGAAAGACUAGGAUGGACAAAGUUCACGCCAGAACCUCUGAUAAAAGAGUUGUUCUUCAAAUGAACGAACGCUUCCAAGCUGUGUCGGACGACAGCAAAAUCAGUGCUGAACUAAGCAACUUCUUGGGGACACUUGCGAAGAGAUGUGUGUCCUUCACUUAUGUCAGUUGGCGUGAUGUUCCAAAGAGUUUAAAGAACACAAUGUGGAAUUAUGUUAAGCAAAGGUAUAUUAUACCUGAUGAAUGUGAAACUUGGGUACUGGAUACCAUUCAUGCAUCUUGGAGAUGCCGAAAAAGUAGAAUUAAGGAGGCACAUUACAAAGCAUAUCCAACUGAUGAAGAAAGGCUUGAACAUAGGCCCGAUGAUAUUCCACUGGAGAGUUUCAAAAUGCUCCUCGCAUAUUGGAAUGACGAGAGUAUUCAGUAUAAAGCAAGAAAAAAUGCAAGAAGUCGUAGCAAAUAUGCGGAGACGCACACUGCAGGUCCAAGGAGUUUCGCACAAAUUCGAAAUGAAAUGACGAAGGAGGCUGAUGGUACUGCACCAUCGGAUGCAGAAGUUUUUGUCAAAACUCGUAAGCGAAAUCCUGGCCGCAAGUACAAGACUGAUACCAAAAAAAUCACAGAGAAAGUUGACGAUAUCGAAAAACAAAUCAAAAUAUCAGGAGAUGGCACUGAUGAGCUACUACUUUCUGGUGGCAAGAAGCAUGGGAAGACUUGGCUUUACGGGAGGUGUCCAAAUGCAGCCAAAGUCCCUCGCAGUACAAGUUCAGGGAAUAGUUACGUGGAAGACCUGGCAUGUAAGAUCAAGGAAAGUCUGGCCGAAGAUGUCAAGGAAUCAGUGAGCAAGCAAGUCCAAGAAGAAGUGGAUGCUCAAGUAAACAAGAAGGUCCAACAAAACUUGACCUUGGCGCUUAAAAAAAUUGCGGAGGCAAACCCAGGCAUCAAAAUUAAUAUGGAGGAUUUUUGUCCAACAGCUUCGAGUGAUGAUGAAAAUGGUACGCCUAUAACUGGCGGUGCUAGCUGCUAG